AUGGCGCUCCUGCUGACCCUCCUGCUGGCGGCGGCUGCCGGCGGAUGGACCGCCGCCCAGCCCUCCGGCCGCUCUUCCGCCGGCUCCCCGCUCGGCUGCAGGGACCAAAACAACAACCUGGUCGACUGGUACGUGCUGUACAAGCUGCCCAUCCUCACCUACGCCACCGGGUUCGCCCGCAACGGCUCAGCGUACCUGCACUUCUCGUCGGCCUCGACGGAGGGCCAGUGGAGCCUGUCGGAGGUGUCCAUCGACAACCCGCAGUCGCCCCCGGGCCUGACGCUGGCAGACGUGUACGAUCAGCCCGAGCGGGACGGCCUCCAGUACGUCUUCUACAACGACGAGUGGCCGGACGGCUCCACAACGAGCACCGAGGGUCACACCAAGGGAGUGGUGGCCUUCGAGGGCGACCAAGGCUUCUGGAUGAUCCACAACGUUCCCAAGUUCCCUCCAGCGCCGAAGGAGGGAACGGGAUACAGCUACGCCAGCAAUGGGUACAGCUACGGCCAGAGCUUUCUCUGCAUCACUUUUCCCACCAGCGAGCUGGCUAAAGUGAAUAAACAAGUGAGUCUCAACGAGCCCUACUGCUACGCCUCCAAGGAUUCCGGAAUUCUGUGCCGACCGAAACAGGCGAAAGAGAACGCUGGUGAACCCUACUUCCCCAGUCGCCAAGAUCGUUUCUCGAAGCUGAAUAAGCCUACUCAACUUGGAGAGACCUCCAGCGUCGAGUCGAUCGUCGGCAUCUACGGCACCGAGUUCACCACCUUCGCCAAGAGCCGCGACUACGGCCUGGACCUGUACACCGGGCUGGUGGCUCCGACGCUGACCACCGGCCUGUUCGCUGAGACGUGGCGGGCCACGAUGCCGUCCUACUGUUCCGGCCGCUACACGGUGGAGAAUGUCCGCAACGUCACAGCCAGCACGGCCAGCGAGGCGUUCGACUUCGGCACCACCAAGGACCACAGCAAGUGGGCCGUCUCCACCAGCGGCGCCCUGCCGUGGGUCUGUGUCGGAGACGUGAACCGGGCCGACUCGCAGACGAGAAGAGGCGGCGGCACCGCCUGUCUCAGGGAUGAGCGCCUCUGGAAUGUCUACCGACAGACGGUGACCGUUUGGGAGUCGUGUGCUUAG